AAGUGGAUGACGCAGGAAGCUUUGAGCCACCUGCUCUCUGUCAUUGCAACAAUGCUGCCUUACCAUUUGGACAACGCUAUAAAAAACAACCUUUUACUUUUUCGACAAUCUACAUCAUAUCCGUCGACUGCUGUUAGAAGUGUUCGAAGCUCUGGUUAAAAACCAUGCUCUAAUCAGCUGGAUAACACAGUUGGAUUGGAGUUCAUGCUGAUCAGGAUGGCUACAUCUGUCUUGCGAACACAUCAACAUUAUUUCAACCUGUGAAACAUUAUUUCUUCGGGGGACCGACAUUGUUUGUCUUAUUUAGUUUGCGUAAUGGUUGUACUGAUGGACAUUCAAGCACGUGUGCAAACAAUGCGUGAUUAAAAACAGGCUAGGCAUGUCAGAAUGUUGCUUCAGGGCUCUGAGAUGGUGUCUGCUGCAGAAGAGCGCUUAGGGCCGAUGCGACUGACCCAGGAGCCCAUUCAGGUGUUACUGGUCUUCGCUAAAGAGGACAGUCAGAGCGAUGCUUUCUGGUGGGCGUGUGAGCGUGCGGGGUUCAGGUGUAACAUCGCACGAACACCUGAGUCUGCGGUGGAGUGUUUCAUGGAUAAACACCACGAGAUCGUCAUCAUUGAUGGGCGGCACUCACGGUACUUUGAGGCUGAUGCCGUCUGCAGGAUGAUCCGAGCGGUUAAGCCUUCUGAACACACUGUUAUAUUGGCAGUGAUGCCACAAAUUCCCUCAGAUCAGGAGGAACCAUCUGUCCUUCCUCUUCUCUCUGCUGGCUUCUCCAGAAGGUACCUGGAGAACAGCAGUGUGUCGGCCUGCUAUAAUGAGUUAAUCCAGUUAGAACAUGGAGAGGUUCGAGCUCAGUUCAAACUGAGGGCUUGUAACUCUGUGUUUAUCGCGUUAGAACAGUGUCAGGAAGCCGUGGAGAUCAGCAGUGAAGAUCAUGUCAUUCAAUAUGUAAAUCCAGCGUUUGAAAAGAUGAUGGGCUAUCACAGAGGCGAAGUGAUUGGUAAAGAGUUGACUGAACUACCUAAGAGUGACAAGAACAGCGCCGACCUGCUGGACACCAUCAACACCUGCAUCAAGAAAGGAAAGGAAUGGCAGGGGAUCUAUUUCUCACGGAGGAAGUCAGGGGACAGUAUUCAGCAAUAUGUCAGAAUCACUCCUGUGAUUGGUCAGGGAGGAAAAAUUCGCCAUUUUGUGUCCAUUAAGAGGCCUUACAGUGACAACCACAGACAGGUUCAUAAGUUGAGCAAAGAAGACAAAAGCUGUGGUGAAAACUCACAAUCAGAUUUCAACAUACCAAAAUAUCAGAACUGCAAUUCCUUACGUCACAAGGACCGGAGGAAAGAGUCUGUGGACGUCAGAUCUAUCAGCUCUCACAGCAGCGAUGCUCCCAGUCUACAGAAUCGCAGAUAUUCCUCUAUGGCCCGAAUCCACUCCAUGACUAUUGAGGCCCCGAUCACUAAGGUGAUAAAUAUCAUUAACGCAGCACAGGAGAGCAGUCCCGUGACAGUAGCGGAAGCUCUGGAUCGUGUUCUGGAGAUUUUGCGGACCACCGAACUCUACUCACCCCAACUGGCCUCAAAAGAAGACGACCCCCACACCAAUGACCUGGUGGGAGGGCUCAUGAGUGAUGGACUCAGAAGGCUCUCUGGGAACGAGUACGUCUUCUCCAAAAGUGCAUUACAAAACAUGAGUCAGAGUCAGCUGGCAGUACCUGUGCCAAUAAACGACAUCCCGCCAUCCAUCGCAGAGCUGCUCAAUGAGGAGGAAUGCUGGGAUUUCAAUAUCCUGGAGCUGGAAGCAGCUACACACAAGAGGCCGCUCUCAUACCUGGGUCUGAAGAUCUUCUCUGCUUUUGGCGUGUGUGAGUUCCUGGACUGCACAGAGGCCACAUUGCGUUCGUGGCUGCAGGUGAUCGAGGCUAAUUACCACGCCUCCAACUCCUACCACAAUUCUACACACGCUGCAGACGUUCUACACGCCACAGCCUACUUCCUGCGCAAGGACCGAGUCAAGGGCAGUCUUGACCAGUUAGAUGAAGUUGCAGCACUAUUGGCAGCCACGGUCCAUGACGUUGAUCACCCGGGGCGUACCAACUCAUUCCUGUGCAAUGCGGGGAGUGAGCUGGCGAUUCUGUACAACGACACAGCCGUCCUGGAGAGUCACCACGCCGCUCUCGCAUUCCAGCUUACUGUACGAGACAGCAAGUGCAACAUCUUCAAAAACAUGGAAAGGACUCAGUUUCGGACCCUACGGCAAGCCAUAAUUGACAUGGUGUUGGCAACAGAAAUGACUCGACACUUUGAACACGUCAAUAAGUUCGUAAACAGCAUCAACAAACCCAUGAGUGCCAUUGAGGAGACGAGCUCCAAUAGUGAAGGCAGUGAUUGUGAGGGACAGGCCAGUAUUCGCAACUCUCCUGAGAAUCGUCUGUUAAUUAAACGGAUGCUGAUUAAAUGUGCCGAUGUGGCCAAUCCCUGCAGACCUCUGGAGAACUGCAUCGAAUGGGCUGGUCGCAUUUCAGAGGAGUACUUUGCUCAGACUGAUGAGGAGAAAAGACAAGGUUUGCCGGUUGUCAUGCCAGUGUUUGACCGGAAUACCUGCAGCAUUCCCAAAUCCCAGAUCUCAUUUAUCGACUAUUUCAUCACGGACAUGUUUGAUGCCUGGGAUGCAUUUGCCAGUUUGCCAGGUCUGAUGGAGCAUUUGGCGGAGAACUACAAAUACUGGAAGAACUUGGAUGAGAUGAAAUGUAAAAGCCUGCGGCCUCCACCUCCUCCGUGAACCCUCAUGACUCCCUUACCCUCGGGGUCAAAGGUCAGAGGUUGAAUGUAGCAUCUCUGCCGGGCCUCAAAGAUUUCAUCCACUGAACACAGAUCAGCUGCCCUGUUUUCCCGACGACGCUCCAACCCUAGCGACAAUCGCCCGGUAACAAGGGUAAAACACAAACAAACGACAAAAUGAAUGCACUUUAUCAGCAUACAGUCCUCUUCCAGCAUCUUUUUACUUUCUUCACUUCUCUUUUUUUUAUCCUCUGUGUUCUUUCGGCUAUUUUAAAUGAUCUUUUUUAAUGUCUGACGCAAGAAGAUAAAGACUGAUCUUAGUCCAGCAGAGGACUGUAUAUACUAUAUACGCUAAACUAUGGGAUGUACACUGGGACUGAAACGUGUAUGCUCAGAGAGGUCUGUAACUAUACACUUGCACAUAUAAUAUUUACAGAUAUGUGGGGUCAUAGAUCCAAAUGCCAAAAGGGCUUUAUUUGGACUCUGAAGCAGUUGUAAAGGAGUAAAACUGUGUCAGUGGGACUAAACUACUUUGGAAACCACAAAGGACCCAGUAGAGAGCCAUGAGGCACUCCCUUCAGUCCAACCACAUUUUCCCCCUUAUUAAUUUGAUCAAAUCAAUGCAGAUGGAAUAUUUCGACAGAAUAUUGUCGAGAGAAGCAAAUGUCAAGUUGCCAAACCGGAAGAACUGAAGACUUGCUUGUAUUCGGACGAUGAAUUUGGUAUUGAUCAGCACUGAACACGAUUCAGUGUGUGAGAAUGUAAAAACUGCAACGGAUUAGCCUGCUGCGGGCUAUCGUUAUUCCAGCGUUUUCUGUAUCAGAACGACUCAAGCCUUUCUCAGAAUCCAAGGACUGGUGUGUAAUAAUCAAUAAUUUUGAUUUAAAUAGCCAAUAAUAACAAAGAAUAUAUUUCUCAGAAACACUGUAUAUCCAGACACAUACUGUAAUAACGUGAAGCUUGAUGAUGCGUGUGUGUGAGCGAAAGAACGAGUGUGUGUAUGUUAUGAUGUGCUUAGUGAUAAAUGUGAAGCAUAUGAGAACAUUUUACACAUGGCAGUCAACAUUCCUACUUAACGCAAUGGUCCGUACGGAUGCAACAUUCCCUAAUCUGUGUGUAAACUCCAGCACAGCCUCAUAACGAGACCACUGACACAUUGACAUUUGCUCAUGCUGACUGGAGAACUCGCACGUAUCAUAAGUAUUACACCAUUUUUAAGUAUUAUUUAUUUACAAAAUUGAGCUCAGCUGUAUAUCGCGUUCGUAAUCUCGGUUCUGCUUUUACCAUAGACGCACAUCGCCGACAAGCUUCAAACGUUCACCUUUUGUAGGCCAGAAAGCAUCCAGUGCCAAAGUACGUUUAUAAUCAAACACAAUGAUGAGUUUUAAACAGAUGUUUGGCUGAAGCCGUUUCGACUGAAAAAAGAA